GUAAUAUCAAGAAUAAUGAGUAAAGCCUGGUUAUCAGUGCAGUGGAAACUAGGCUACGGAGAGCAUCUUCUCCCUGACCUUGCAGUGGGUUCAGAUGUGGAUGGGGUGAAGGUGAAAGAUCCCAUGAGGACUCUGCUGCCUGUGCUGCUGAACCCAUACAGUAAAUAUGACAAGAUCAGAGCUGUGCUGCUCUACAUCUUCAGCCUCAACGGUACACCAGCCUUCUCCAAUCUCUCUAUUCUGUUAAGCAGUGUUUUGGAUGCCGUAGAGAACAAACUGGACACCAAAGAGUGGCCGCACCAGUCCGAGUGUCCUGCUGCCUGGAACGGCUCUGGGGCUGUCAGUGCACGGCAGAAACACAGAGCCAGCACUCAGGAGGACCGCCGGACCGGCUCACGUCUCAUCAUCUUUGUUAUCGGAGGAAUCAGCUGCUCUGAGAUGCGCUGUGCCUAUGAGGUCACCAAGGCAGUGAAAUCCUGUGAGGUCAUCAUAGGGUCUUCCCACAUUUUGACCCCCACCAUUCUCCUGGAUGACAUCAAGUCUCUGAGCAAAGGCCCCAUGGAAAGCUUUACAAUAGAGGACGAGCACAACAUUUAAGAAGUUUGCCCACCCAACAUUUCCCCGGAAACCCCCUGUUUCUUUACACCCGAUAUCACUCAGCACAGCACACUCAGCUCAGCUUCCUCAGUGGAAAUCUGAAGGGAAUUUCCUUUAUAGUCAUUUUUAUAUCUUUUCAAACCAACUCCAUGUUUGUAAUGGGAGGGAUGAGGAGCUCAGAAUAUGAUCUGAUGAUGACACUGUGAUUUGAAUAUAUAGAUAAUAUUAAAAACUAAUAGACCUCUUCCUACUAACAGAAUUUUGUGUAAAGAUGAUCCAACCUGCCUGUUUGUCAUGUAAAAAAAAAAAAAGUUACAAGUUGAAAGGCUUCUAAGAAACGUAGAGAAACAGAAUUGCUGAUGUAUAUAGCGUAUGUAAGCACUGAGCCCCCACUGUGCCAUUUUGACUGUUUCACUUCUGUCUAUAAAUGCUUACUGGCUUCUGAAAAGUAUUUUUAACACUGAGUAUUUACGUUUUCCUUGAACAACUGACUAAUAAAUGGAUGAAGUGGUUCAAUUCUUAAGAGUU